UUUUGGGAAAACAUAUAUGUUACGUUUGAAAUCUGCAUACCACAUUUACAUUAACUGUCAGGAUUUUAUGGACCAAAGCAAGAAUAAUCCAAACCUGAUAUUUUUGACUGGUCAUAAAAAUCUUUCAUAAACAAGAAUCCAAUAUCAUUCAUUUCUCUGCAGUUUGUUAAAAUCUUGAAGGGUGUUUUUGUCAACAUAAGAUAAUUACUUGGUCAAAUCAGUUUCAUUUCACAUUUCUGAUCCCAAUCUACCCUUCUUUUUAUUUAUACUGCUAAGUGGUAACUAAUUCCUAUCUACAUUCUACGUUUCAUACCUCUCUAUGAGAUAAAUUUCUGUUUUUCUUUUUUGAAAAUACUAUUAUUCAGAUCCAGAACAACAAUGGCUAACAGCAAUCAAAAACCUCAUGCAAUCUUCAUUCCGUAUCCUUUACAAGGUCAUGUAAUUCCAUCGGUUCAUCUAGCCAUUAAACUUGCAUCAAAAGGUUUCACAAUAUCCUUUAUCAAUACUCAAUUCAUCCAUCAUCAAAUAUUAAAAUCUCAGUCAAAAACUAAUACCAUUGCCGACGACAUCUUUGUUGAAUCUCGUAAACUAGGUCUAGAUAUUAAUUAUUAUACUGUUAGUGAUGGUCUUCCAAUUGAUUUUGAUCGUUCUAUUAACCAUGAUCAAUUCAUGGCUUCUCUGUUGCAUUUAUUUUCUGCUCAUGUCGAAGAUAUUGUCCGUAAAAUCAUCAUUAAAUCUUCAACAACAGCUUCUCCAGUUAAUUGUAUGAUUGCUGAUACAUUCUUUGUCUGGCCAUCUAUGAUCUCCAAGAAACUCGGGCUCUCAUAUGUAUCUUUCUGGACUGAACCAGCUUUAGUUUAUUCUCUCUAUUAUCACAUGGACCUUCUUCGCAAACACGGUCAUUUUGCCUCCAGUGAUAAUCGAGAAGACGCAAUUACCUAUAUACCCGGUGUGCCGGCGAUUGAGCCUGUUGAUAUGAUGUCAUACCUACAAGACACGGAUACGUCGAUGAUAGUUCAUGAAAUUAUCUUUAAAGCAUUCGACGAUGUCAGAGGAGCUGAUUUUGUUAUAUGUAACACAGUUCAAGAACUCGAACCAGAAACAAUUUCAGCUUUACAAGUUAAAAAGCCAUUUUUUGCAAUUGGACCAAUAUUUCCAAGUGGAUUCACUAAGACUAGUGUUGCUACAAGUUUAUGGCCCGAGUCAGAUUGCACCCAAUGGCUAAACACUAAACCUAAGGGCUCAGUCUUAUACAUAUCAUUUGGUAGCUAUGCUCAUAUUAAUAAGAAUGAUCUGAUUGAAAUUGCUCAUGGGUUACUGCAAAGCAAGGUUAAUUUCGUGUUUGUUCUCCGACCUGAUGUUGUAUCAGUCGAUGAUCCAAACCCCUUGCCAGAAGGGUUCUCGGAAGAGAGUAAUGAUCGUGGGAUAUUAAUCCAAUGGUGUUGUCAGGUUCAGGUAUUGUCACACCCAGCGGUAGGCGGAUUUCUGACACACUGUGGCUGGAAUUCUAUAUUGGAAAGCAUCUGGUGUAGCGUACCUAUGCUGUGUUUUCCUUUAUUGACUGAUCAGUUUACCAAUCGGAAACUAGUGGUGGAUGAUUGGAAGAUUGGACUAAAUAUUGGCCGAAAGCAGAUUACGAGGAAAGAGGUAUCUGAGAAGAUCAUCCGCCUGAUGGAUGAGAAAUCAGGUUAUGAGUUUAGAAAAGAGAUCGUGGAGGUGAAAAAAGCUUUAGAAAAUGCAUCAAAAAAUGAUGUAUCAUCGGAGAAAAACCUAAGCCAGUUCGUGAAUGAGUUGAAGGUUCUCAUUGGUAACAAAAGUAAAAAAUAGGGACCACUGAUGGCGUUUCAUAUCAAGUCUUUUUUACUUUGAAAAGAGAAGAAAAUGCACGACUUUUGGUCUUUGGGUCCAAACUGGGUUGCCACCCACCGCAAUCUUUGUCUCAUGGCGUGCGCGGUUGAGGCUCAAGAAGUCAAGAUGGAGUUCUGACGCAUGUAAAUGUUCGUGUCCAAUAUGGCAAUAUCUUAGUAUAUCAAAUAUAUAUAUAUCAAAUUAGUUAAAAGAAACAUAUUUGUCUGAAGUAGGGAUCCCUAAUUUUGUUUUGGAUCUACUGAUCUAUGUUUUUCUCUUCUAAUUCAAUUUUAACGAGCGAGUGAAUGUUCCCUUUUCA